CAACCAAACAAAAACAAAAAUUAUGGCGGAUAAAAUAUUGUCUGUGAUGACAUGAUUCAAUUGUAGAAGGUUAGUAAAAAUUAAACUAAUAAACUAUAAUGAAAUCAUGGUCUGUGAAGAUGCUGAAGGCUUUAUUGUGAAUGCCAUAGUGGAAACAGAAGAGGUUAAUUUUUCUUUAUUUGACAUUUGAUAUAAACAAAUACGAAAUUGCUAAUUGAAAUGGGAAACAGGCGAAUAACAGCAUGAAUAAAUACCCAAAUGUUUGGGAGCGGAUGCUACUGUAUAGUAGUAUAGCACAUAAAUAAUAAAGUUAAUAAGCCGGGAAAUACAAUUAAUAAAUUUACGUUUAAAUAAAAAUGGAUCCGAUAGAGAAUGAAGAUCCAUUUUCAGCUGCGCAAAUGCCCACAGAUUCUAUGGAAGUGACUAUAGAAGAUAUCAAUCGGCUGGAUGAAGAGGAUUCUUUGGAGGAAAUAGAAGGCGUGGAAGAUGAUUUGACUAUAUUAGAAAUCGCCAUUGCGAAGGCAAUUGAAAAUGUAAAUCCCGUGUUCUUUAUGCACCUCUUAUGUCCGCGCUGCGGUGAAACAUUUAAUUCACCUGCCCUUUGGCAGCAGCACUUGGAUAAUGUACAUUUUUUUAACAAUUUGAAAAUGUUGCCAGGUACAUUAGAUGAAGAUGAAAAAAUGUAUCGAUGCAAAAAGUGUUCAGCUGAGUUCAAGUAUAUUGAAUAUCGAAAAAUUUUACUCCACUGCUUUUCUCAUAUGACUUUCAAUGCAUAUUAUAAGUGCAGUUUAUGCGAUCAUUUGGAGUGUUCAGGGCCGGAAAUGGCUCGUCACAUCAAACGACAUAUGGAAGUACAUAUGCUUAAGGCGAAAAUUAAUGGGAAAAUUGUACGCCCUAAACGGUUUUCAUUGAGUGAGGGAAUCGAUUAUGAAAAAUUCCUGCUUUAUAUGUGUCCUGAAUGUCAGUUAACGUUUCGACAACACGAUUCAUGGCUGCAGCAUGUUACCGACAAACAUGCGCUCUUUGCCAAGGACAAACUUAAGUUUAAAACUGUGGAUAUUGACGAAUCCAUCGAGAAAAAAACGCACCUUAUUACAACUUGUGAAAUAUGUGCUACCACUUUGGCUGGCGACAACUUGGAACAGUGUCAGCGAAAGCACUAUUUAACUCAUCUACGUAGCAGAGCUUUCCGAUGCGCAAUCUGUAAUUUGCAUUUCAACUACCGCAACGAAAUUAAGAUGCAUUUACUGUUGCUGCAUUGUAAAAAUGUAGAAACUUACGAAGAGGCAUUAUUGCCAGGUAAUUUGCGCCCAAACAAUGCUAAGUUCGCCAUGAAUGCUAAAUUCUGCGAUAAAGGGGCGAAAUUCUUGCAGCACAUUGAAUUCAAUUGUCCGAUUUGUGGUGUUAAAUUUGAUAAUCCGGACGACUGGCGUUUACAUAUAAAUGAAAAUCAUGACUUCUAUAAGGCGCCGUAUAUGGCAUUGAUAAUAACCAAUUUUGGUUCAUCCUCUAGUACAAAUAGGGCCUGCAAAAAACGACGUCUACAACCAUACUGCGUUCUUUGUGACCGGGUACUAGAUGGAUGUAGGAAUUUUCAUCUUUUGUGGGCUGAACAAUUACGUCAUGCACCUCAUCGGGCCUACACUUGCCGCAUUUGUUCAGAACAAUUUUAUUCGGAACGUAUCUUGCUGAAGCAUUUGAAGGUCUUUCAUACAAAUACGGAUGGGAGUGUUAAUACUGUAGCAAAACAACGUCGGAACAACGCGAAAGAGAUAUAAUUGUGUAAUUUUAUUUAAUAGCUUAAUUAGAAUUAGUUCUUUAACUAGAUUAUUUAUUAUGUAUAUUUAUAUUUUUUUUUUUACAAAGUAUAUGUAACAUUCAUAUACUAAAUAGAUACAACAUCUACCAUCCAUAUUCAUGUGGGCAGAAAAAAAUCUUGGCCUGCCUCAAAACACAGCUCAUAUGUAUCUACAUAUAAAAAAUUCAAAAGCAAAUAGACAAACGUAUGCAAACAUAUUCCUAACAUAUGCAAAAAAACUCAUCUAAACGGUAUUCGCGUACAUAUGCAUAUGUAUCUAUUUUGCAUAUAUGAAUACAUAUGUUGGGACAAUGUACAUAUGUACGUAAAUGUUUCUAUUCUAAGCAAAACAAUGAAUAUUCGUAUAUACAUAUAACCGCACAUACUUACUUUAUGCCUCUACAUGUGUCUGCUUCCAAAACUAAAAUUCUAAGUCUAGCGACUACAAGAACAAAAUGCAUUCCUAGGCGUACAUAGCUGUUGCGGCCAUGAUUAUUUACCCGCGACGGCGCUGAACAGUUUCAAAUAUUAAAAAGCACAACAAAAACAAAUUCAUUGAUAAGUUCGAGCUCAUAUUUCUACGAGCAAGUA